CAUGAGCUAAGCACGGGAAGUGUUGCGUCACACGCACUGGGGCUUCAUGUGGGUGCGGGAGCAACUUUAGGAAACAAAGUGUCCAUCGCUUCAAAAGUAACACACACUUGUACUUGUUCUCAGCUGGUUUGAUAUUUUCGGAAAAGAACACCCAAAAGAGAUCAACAAACGUUCAGAACACUGCUUUGGUCCUCGUUCAGCUCUCAGUAUGUCUGAUGGGGACUAUGAUUAUCUCAUCAAGUUCCUCGCGCUGGGGGACUCUGGAGUGGGAAAGACCAGCUUCCUAUAUCAGUACACAGACGGCAAAUUCAACUCCAAAUUCAUCACCACAGUGGGAAUAGACUUCAGAGAAAAACGAGUGGUGUACAAAUCCACCGGUCCUGAUGGGACAGUCGGGAGAGGACAGAGGAUUCACAUUCAGCUGUGGGAUACGGCCGGACAGGAGAGAUUUCGGAGUUUGACCACAGCGUUCUUCAGGGACGCCAUGGGCUUCCUGUUACUCUUUGACCUCACGAAUGAGCAGAGCUUCCUUGACGUGCGGAACUGGAUGAGUCAGCUGCAGACGCAUGCGUACUGUGAGAAUCCCGACAUCAUCUUGUGCGGAAACAAAUCAGACCUCGAGGACCAGCGCGCGGUGAAAGCGGAGAGUGCUCGGGAACUGGCGGAGAAAUACGGAGUCCCGUACUUCGAGACGAGUGCUGCGAACGGUGAGAACGUGAGCCGUGCCGUGGAGGUUCUGCUGGAUCUGAUCAUGAAGCGCAUGGAGAGAUGUGUGGACAAAUCCUGGAUCCCCGACGGGAUGGUUCGCACCAACGGCCACAGCACCAGCAACCUGGCAGAGCCGCGUGACGCCGAGCAGAGCAAGUGCGGCUGCUAAUGCCGUAAGAAUCAUUCCAUUCGGCUCUCUGAUCCUUUUCAUUAGUACUAGUAUACGCUACGGUUUAAUUCAGCGGAUGAAGAGGAUCAGAGACCCUGCACUGUGUUAAACUGUUGUUUUUUUUCAGAAUGGAUGGACUAAAGCCACCUAGAUUCAAGUCUUCACGUUUUGAGAGCACUUUACACCAAACCCUGCAUUCAGAAGCCUUGAUGCGUCAGAUUAGAUGUGUUUCAAGGGCUUGAUUCCUCUCACUGUUUCACUAUUAGUGCACAUCUGUUGUUAAAACUAGACCCAUGCGUGCAUCAGUGCAGUUCUCUGAUUCUGACACAGCUGUUAGAAAAAUGAGUUUUGUGUUGAUUUCUAAAUGAAAACCCCACAUUAAAUCACUGAGAAUCUGAUUUUUUAAAAUAUAUGCAUGUUAAAAAAGGUUUUUUUUUAAAAAUAUUUGUUUAAAAUGUUUAUAUUUUAAAUAUAUACACACAAAAUAUCAUUAAGAACCUGUCACCUUUUCAAAAAAUUAUGAAAAUAAAAAAAGCAUCAUAUGGUCUUGAAAUGGCAUGAAGGUUAAUGAUGAGAGAAGUGAUCUGUUCCUGUAAUAAUUUGUGCUGGUUGUCCCUCUCUAGUGGACUGAUGGUGAACAGCACUCACUUCUAUGUCACUUUUUAACAAGUUUGUAGAAUUUAACACUUUUAAAUGUGUUACUAUGUUAUCUGUAGUCAUGUAGAUGUCAGAGACAAAUAAAAUAAGUAUUUAGCUGUUAUUGUAUUCAUUUUUAGGUUAGCGGUUGAUUUGUAUUGUACGUUUGUUUAGACAUUCACCAGGUGUUGGUUGUGGUUUUUCUGUAUUUCCGGUCGCUGGUUCAUGAAGAUCUACUGCCAUUUAAACACAGGGCUUGAUUUGGAAUGUUGUUUAGAUGAAAUAUAAUUGCAUCUAUACUGUAAAUGAUGGUAAUAUUUCUCAAAAAAUGGUUGUACAGUGCCAGUAGAUUGCGUUCAGCUCAUCUCUUUAAAGUCUCUCAUUUCACAAAAGCAAAGGAAAUGAAUUUUGAGUGAAUGUUUUUAAUCUUCUGUGGAUAUUUCGGUUUCGUUUACAGAAUCAUUUCCAAAGUGCUUUAUUCUACUGUAGUGCCUGUAACACUGAAUCAGUGCCAAACACUGUCUUUUGUGCCAAAUACUGAAACUCUAUUUGAAAAAAUAAAUAUAUUUUAUUAUUUAUUA